CAGGUGACGUAAAGAAGGGUUUAAUACAGUUAUUUUAUGUCACUUUUAUUUAAAUACUUCGACAUUAUAACGGUGACGAGUACGGAUGAUGGAGGAGGUGAGCCAAGAGGACAUGGAGGAGGUGGAGGUGCUGGAGGCUCAGAUUAAGCAUCUUCAGGCUGAGGUUUCAGCGUUGAAGUGCCAACAGCAGGACAACCACAGGGACAUCACAUUCCACUUCAGAGGAGAGAUGCAGGAUGCCAUGUUGUGUAUGUGUGGACAGAGACAAGGAGACAAGAAGGAGAAGGAGAAGGUGCUGUCCAGGCUGAAGGAGGAGGUGGAGGAAAUGGAGGCGGAUCUGAAGCUCCAGACGGAGAUGAAUGGCAUCAGUCUGAACAGCUGCACCACAAAGACUCUGCAAAGCAGUGACAGAAAGCUCGUCCAGCAGCUCUGUGUGUCAGGUCACUGCUCUGAACUGGUCUUCCAGGUGGAGUUCCAGCUCUCUGAGGUCAAGGAGGGAUCAGGGUGCGUGAGGACCAUCAGCGGUCUGAACGUGGUGGUGGACGCCAGCGACCUGCAGAACUUCAACAGCUUCCUGUCUGGGGUGGAGGAGAGCCGAGACCUUCUGCUGCUGUUCAGGACUCUCCGGACCUUCUCCAACAGAUGUGACGACCGCUGCAGAACCUUCCAGCACUUCCAGGAGAAGUAUCCAUCCGUCGUCUCUCUUCCCGGAGGCUGCAGCUCAGAGGUCGUGACCCUGAACCACCCUGAGCUUUCUGGCUGCCUCCUGUUGGUCCGCUGGUCGGUGGACGUGUCCAAAGAGGGCGGAGUCUCUCCGAAGAUCGAGCUGCUCGCCAAGAUCCCCGAGAGAGCGCUGCAGCUGUUCCCCUCUCUGCCUGUAGGCGGCGCCAGCGAAGCCUUCCAGAGCCUGCUGAGGCUCCUGGGCCCUGAAGCGGCGCUGGAGUCCGUCAUCAUGGCGGUCGGCCUCUCGCGGGACACGUGACUCGCAUCUUCAUCUCUUACAAAUAAAUAAACACACAGCGACGGUUUAGUCUCUUAGAAAUCUUUAUUUAAUAGAAAGAGCCCGACUGUGAUGGCAGAGCUCAUCGGUCAAAAUCUACAAAAAUAAAUAAUUUAAAUACAAAAAUGCUGGA